AUGAACCUUGCCAAUAAAUUUAGAUCUUUUGCGAUUUUAGCAAAACCGAAUCAAACGCAAAUUUCUCGUCCUUCACGAAACUCGUUUCAUCGCGUAAUUUUUCCCAUACUUUUCGUUACUCAAUGUUUCGGUUUGUUUCCCGUUCAAGGGAUUUCGGGGAGUCACACUUAUCAUUUGCGCUUCAAAUGGCUCUCGUUUCGGACCUUUUUUAGUUUCGUCACGGCUUUGAUAGGAUGUUUGAUGGCAUUUUUAGAGGUGCAGCGAUUAGAACGACAAAAAGUGUCAGCGAAAAAUGUUUCGGGAGUACUUUUUAUGCUCAUAGCUAUCAUGAUUGCCAUCAUAUUUAUUUUUGUAGCUAAAAAAUGGCGUUUAAUCAUGAUGUUUUGGGAGAAGAACGAAAAUAUCUUCUUGAAAGCACCUUAUAAGCAAACAAAUAAGCUGCGACGAAAGAUUUCCAUGAGUGCGAUGACAAUGUUACUCCUUGCCGGAGUCGAACAUGCUUUGGCAAAGGCUUCUGCUGUGUAUGGGUAUGAAGCGGAGGCAGUUCAUUGUAAUGAUACCGUUAUAAAUCGCUUUCGAUAUUACGCUACGAGGGAGUAUCAUCAUGUUUUUACGCGAUAUGGGUAUCAUCCGGCUGUGGCGAUCGCUUUUUGGACAUUUUCUGUCUUUUUGACGUACGCAUGGAGUUUUGUGGAUUUUUUCAUUAUCAUGAUUAGCAUGGGAAUUGCAGAACGUUUCAGCCAAAUUAACGAAUUAAUGAACGAAACUUACCAAAAAUCCUCUUCAAAGCUUGGAGCUCCUGAUUUUUGGCGCAUGAUUCGAAGUCAUUUCAACUCGGCUUGUGAAAUUUUGGAACAUGUCGACGACAAUAUCUCAUCCAUCAUUAUUUUAUCGUGUCUCAGCAAUCUCUAUUUUAUCUGCUUACAAGUUUUGAACAUUACAGUAAAAUUACCGUACAUGAUAAACUCCAUUUAUUUCUGGUUUUCAUUGUUUUUCCUCAUCUUUCGUACUUGUGCUGUGUUUUUGAGUGCUGCCGAGAUCAACGAGCAAGCUGAGGGUCCUCUCGAAAUAAUACGACACUUGCCCAACUCCGUGUGGAAUGUCGAUAUUGAACGUCUCGCAGAUCAAAUUCGCACCCAAACAAUCGCUUUGAGUGGCAUGAAAUUCUUCUUUAUGACACGCCGACUGCUUUUUGGGAUGAUUGGCACGAUUAUCACUUACGAGAUUGUCAUGAUGCAAAAUGAUCAGAGUUCGAAGAGUCCGUAUAAAAUCGACUGUUCGUUGGUUUAUGAUAUUGAGGCAUGA